AUGUAAAUAUUUUGGGAGAUAGGGAUUUUCCAAAGGGGUUGCUACCCACAGGUUGAGAACCACUAUUCUAAUGGGUCCCAAAAUUUCAUCUCCUGAUCACUUAACAGAGUCAGAAAGUGAAGAAGAAAAAAUAUGGGAUUUCUCUGAAGAAGAAGACUCCAUGAUGCCCAACCUAACACCUCUUGAGAGUCUUUCCUGCCAGGUUAAGGACCUUUUAAAAUAUUCUAAAAUGAAACCUUUAGAUCUCAACUCUUGGUUGUAUCAGGCUGAACUCUUAGAACAAAACAAUCCAGUCCACAAACCUCAAGGGACAGAUCUAGGACUCUCCCGUUGUGUCCCUGAACUAGAACCAAUUCCUGAAUGGCCCCCUCUAGCCUCUUGUGGGGUCCUUCCUUUUCAAAAGCCCUUUAAAGGUCCCAGCCAGCUCUCUAGACAUCAUGCUACUCCAGGAACACUACAGUUUGCCACCAAACAGCUAAUGCGAACAUUGAGUAGAGCCCUUUCCAAACGUGGAUAUGUAAAUCAUUUCUCUGACUCUGACAUUUUUUCUUGUCUCUGUGACUGCCUGACAAAGGGAGUUAAAGAAACAGCCUGCACUGAUAUUUUUACACUGUUUCCUACUACUGAUCUCCAGAAGGCAGUUAACAAACUCCUAACUGCUUCAUGAUAACAGUAAGCAUUUGCUUUGAUACUAGUGUUGCUUAUUUAGAAAAGGGUACAGGGAGCUAGAGACUUAGCUCAUAAGUUAAGGGCACUUGUUAUUGCAGAGGCUCAGGUUCAAUUCCCAGCAGCCACAAUGUGGCUUAAAACUGUAACUCCAGUUCAGAGGAUCCAACACUCUUCUGACUAACCUGAGUACCAGGAAUGCAUGUGGUACACAUACGUACAUGCAGGCAGAACACUCAAUAUGUAAAUAAAGCCAAAAAAAUUUAAGUGCUACAAAAUCACACACCCUAUAUUUGGAAAACUGAUGCCUUCUCAACCAAUUAAUAUUUCCUGACAAGCUAAAAUACU